CCCGCGGGGUGGCCAGGUUGAGCCUGUUGCUCGCGGCGCACGGUGGCCAUGGUGAGUCGGCUGAUCACAGCAUCCAAUGGCAGCUCACCGAGACACACCGACGGAAGCGCAUGGAGAAGCACAACGCAUCUGCUGCUUUUUCGUCGCUGGCAUGCGCUCCUGAAGCGGGAAGCUCCAGCCUAUGUGCACUGCAAAAUCUGGGCUUUAAUCUGGCCCAACAUAGAAACAGUCGGGCUUUUUUCGCUACCAGCUGUAGGGUCGACGUAUCCCUCAAAAAAAAAAAGCUGUAGGGUCGACAGGGAGGGGCGUUCGGGCUUGGGGGGCUCUCCUCCCGAACGAAUCCCCCCUCCACUACGAACGAGUCGUUCGGUCUGGGGACCUCCAGACCGAACGUUCGUGCGUUAUUGACGUCCACCCCGCUCCGCCGCCGCCUCCGCUUUGCCCCUGACGCUGCAACCGCUACCGUCGCCAUGGACCCGGUCAAGUCGGCGGAACUUCAGGCGCAGCUUAAGGAGAUGAGGGCGGAGCUGAAGGAACGAUCUCUCCCCGGCGCCAAGGUCACCAAGGGUCCCCCCUCCGAGAUCCUCCCUUUUCUCGCGGAGGUGGUGAAGAAGAACAGGGCGGAGCUGCGGGAGGCGUACAGCAACCGCGAACCACCCAUCCUCCGUCUCAACUCCCGGCAAGACCCGUGCGCAUCACCACCAGGAACAGCGGGUAGUGAUAGAGGAGGAGGAGAAGUGACAUGUAUGGAAACUCUAUUUAGUAAAUAUAUCGUUGAUCGAAACAUUCAUCCUUGUCAAAUUAAAACAUAUACAGUUUAUAAUUAAGAGUAUAUACACUUUGCUCUGUUCUCUACAAAACGCCUAGAAACACUAGGUGGAGCUGGAGCGCUUGCUUCUCUCUACGGCUUGUUAAGUAUUGGUGGUUUUUGCUUAAACAUUUUGGAUGUGGUAGCAAUUCUGCUUGCUGGUGUAAUUGUUAAUUCAAAGUUCACUCCUUAUGCGCUUUUAUGAAAUUGUGCAUUUCUAGCACUUUUCAUGUAAAAGGACUGUUAUUACCCCUAACAUAGGUUGAAAUAGUGGGAUCUUUUGAAGACUGUUGUUCCAGAUGAUAGUAGUGACCGCACUAGUCUUAUUAGUUUCUUGAUAGCAGAUGUUAUGUCAGAGUUACUACCUUAGUAGUUUAGUGUUUAAAAAGCUGCGCCCUGAUGGAUGACACGUGGUCUUUUAUCUAAGUGAUUGCUUUUAAGUGCCUGGAUGCUUAAGUACUCAUCCUUGUCAAAUUUAAAAUUUUACAGUGUAUAAUGAAGUAUAUAUACACUUGGCUCUUUUUUUUGCGAAAUGCCUAGAAAUGCUAGGCAGUGGUCUAGUUGCUAGGUGGAGCUGGAGCGCUUUCUCUACCACUUUUUAAAACAUUUGUGUUUUUUUGCUUAAACAUUUUAAAUGUGAUAGCAAGUCAGCUUGCCGGUGUAACUGGUAGUAUUUCAAAGUUGACACCGUAUGCAAUGUUAUGAAAUUGUUUGUGCAUUUCUAGCACUCUUGAAGUAAAUGGACUGUUUCUAGAGGAAAAGAAUUCUAUGAGACUUGGUCUCACGCGAGCCCCAUCCACACGUGGCAUUCACAAAUCACAAAGCAUCUACCCCACCCCCACUUGAAAUCAGGGGGGAGAGAUUAGAUGCUUUGUGAUUUGUGAAUGCCACAUGUCAUCCAUCAGGGCGGGUCUCACCUGCUAACCGUGAGACCUGGUCUCAUAUAAUUUUUUUUCAUUUCUAGAGAACUAUAGUACCUUUAACAUAGGUUGAAAAAGUGGGAUAAUAUUUUCAUGUUGGUAUGCCACAUUCAAUUCACUGUUUUUUAGAUCAUUGUUUUUCUUAUGUUCUGGCAUUUUAUUUUUCCAUUUUUGGAGAUACCACUGGUUUUGCAUCAUACAAAUGGGAUGGACGUACCCUUUUUUUUUGUUGGUUUAACCACACGGACCCAACAUUUUAUUGAUUUGUC